UGAAAAAGGAGACGACCGUGUUUUGUUAGCCUAUCAAGUAUCAAGAACAACUCGUCACACUCCUCCCAUCCACCUGUGGAAGUUUCAAUAUGGCGGAGAUGUCAACGGAGACGACCGCGCCGUUACUCAGACCACGACAGGACACCGGCGAAUCCCAAUCAGGAGAAGGAGGAAGGCCGACUACACUCGCCCUUCUCCUCGGCCGUGCUUCGGGACGGCGUGGAGCGUCUAUGCUGGUGCGCGAGACUGCAGCGCGACAACUGGAGGAGCGGCGAGCCGACUGGGGCUACUCAAAACCAGUUGUCGCCCUAGACAUGACAUGGAACCUCGCCUUCGUAGCGGUUUCGGUGGUUUUAUUGAUUUGCACGGUAGAGGAGAAACCGAACGUUCCAAUUAGGGUUUGGAUCUGCGGAUAUGCGUUGCAGUGCGCGGUGCAUGCGGUGCUUGUGUGGUUGGAAUAUAGUCGGAGAAGUCGGAGAAUACAGGAAGACGAAAUGACAGGGGGAAAUGAUUUGAGUUUCAACGACAGUGAGGAUGAUGAUGGAAGGAUUGGGGCUUUCUUGACUUCUAACAGAAUCAGUUACACUAAAAGAUGUGAGAAUCUUAAUACCAUGGUAUCAUUUGUCUGGUGGCUAGUUGGGUUCUACUGGAUGGUUUCUGGUGGGGAGAUUCUUCUGCAUAAUGCUCCACGCUUAUACUGGUUGAGUGUGGUGUUUUUGGCAUUCGAUGUGUUCUUUGCUAUCUUUUGUGUUGUUUUAGCAUGUUUGAUAGGAAUUGCUCUCUGUUGUUGCUUGCCCUGCAUCAUUGCAAUUCUGUAUGCAGUUGCUGGCCAGGAAGGUGCAUCAGAAACAGACUUAAGUGUCCUUCCAAAAUACAGAUUUCAGGUAUCCAAUGAUGAAAACGAACCUGAUAUUCAUGUGGGAGCAGGUAGAAUGAUUCCUGUUGAAUCAAAUGUUGGAUAUUUAGCUGUUGAACGUGUUCUUCUACCCGAGGAUGCUGAGUGUUGCAUAUGUUUAAGCCAAUAUGAAGAUGGAACAGAGCUUCAUUCGCUACAAUGCAACCAUCAUUUUCAUGCAUCAUGCAUAGUGAAAUGGUUGAAGAUGAAUGCCACCUGUCCUCUUUGCAAAUACAAUAUCUUAAAGGGAAACGAACAAGUUUAAUAAUAAAUCAGAAGAAUCUGAAAUUCACACAGGCUACUAUGUAUUUAUGGAUAUGUACAGGAGAGGGGAUGUAGCUAAGCUUUGGUAAACAAACAAAUUUUCACAUUUAGUAGAGUUUACUUUUUGGUACAAAUGAACAAAAUAAUGCAAAACAUAUGUAGCAUUGCCAUUAAUUAAUUUCAAGUGUAUUUUGUCAU